UUUCUGCAGUACCGACCUAGUAGUACAAGGUGAAGGUACACAUGAUUUUCGGGAAACCGCGGGGGGUAUUUUCGUUUUGAUUUCGUUUUGACUCUAAAACCAUACAAACGUCGGAUAUAAAGCUAUAUCGCAUAAGUAUAAUUUCUUCGAGCCUGUUUUGGACCGUACUAGCUCUAAAUUGCCUUGUCGUCGCCGUUCGCGAGCAACUACGUCACGUAGCGUUCGGUAAACCCCAGAAGCAGCAGAAAACCACCUCCUCGACUACCGGUGAGUGCUUUGCAAAGGGCCGGAGCUCGAGACGCCCUGUUGUCGCCGUGCAUUCUGGGAACGUUCAUACCCAAGAUGGCGGCGAGCAGGAGACUGCACAAGGAACUUGAAGAAAUCCGUAAGUCUGGAAUGAAAAACUUCUGUCAUAUCCAAGUUGAUGAAUCAAAUAUUUUGAACUGGCAAGGCCUUAUUGUUCCUGACAACCCCCCUUACGACAAAGGAGCUUUCAAAAUCGAGAUCUCAUUUCCUGCUGAGUACCCCUUCAAGCCUCCGAAGAUCACGUUCAAAACAAAGAUCUACCACCCCAACAUCGAUGAGAAGGGCCAGGUUUGCCUGCCUGUCAUCAGUGCGGAGAAUUGGAAGCCGGCAACCAAAACUGACCAAGUAAUCCAGUCCCUCAUCGCACUGGUAAAUGACCCCCAGCCGGAGCACCCACUGAGGGCUGACCUAGCAGAGGAAUACUCAAAGGACCGUAAAAAAUUCUUUAAGAAUGCAGAAGAGUUUACAAAGAAACAUGGUGAAAAGCGACCAGUGGACUAAUAACUCCGCAUUGUGACCCCUGCCUGCAUCUCUGCCCUCUAGCCUCACCCUGUAUCUUAUCCCUGCCCCUGUCUUUUCCCACCCCCUCUGCCCACCCACACACAUCAUUUUAGCGAACCCAGAGCAGUGCAUCGCAGCCGCACCGCCAUCUUGAAGCAGGACUCGGAAUCAGAAAACUCUCACCUCUCUGUGUUAGCUUGGGGCUGUUACUAACUUUCUACUCUGUUCUUUUUGAAAAAUUGCAAAGUUUAGAGAGAACAUGUAAGGAUGGUGGAGCUGAAAGGAGAAAAGGCAAUGAUUUAGUUUCAACUUUUUGUUAAACACAUUGCAUGACUUUCUGUGGCAGAUUUUGAGUUUUCAAAGAAAGAUGGUAGAAUUUUCCAGGAACAAUUAGGUCCAGUUCUCUUCACUGUCUGGUGUUAUUUCCAUCUCAAAAAAGCACCUUUAUUAAAAAAAAGUAAAUGAUACA